AUGUUAAAAUUAAAUCAUUUAAUAUCAUCAAGAUCAAUAUUAUCUCGUCUUCCAAAUCGUUGUAAAGAUAAUAGAGAUUGUUUAUAUGAUUCGUAUUGUUAUGCAUCGUGUAAUAUUUCAACAAAUAGUUGUCAAAUGAAACAAUUUAAUAAAGGUUCUUUACAUGAAUUAUGUCAAUUAAUAUCAUCAUUGAUUAUACCUGAUGGAAAUACAACAUUCAUUGAAAAUUUAAAUCCACUUAUUCAACAAUGUCAACAAUUAAUUAAUGAUCAAACUAUUUUUUUUAAUGAUCAUAUUGAUUUAAUAUCAUUACAAAUUCGACAAACACUUAUUUUACAAAAUUUAAAAAAUCUUCUUUGGACAAAUAUUGAAUAUCAAAUGAAUAAAAUAACGAAAAAAUCAACGAAAAAACCAACAUCAUUAUCGACUCAUUCAGUUAAAUAA